AUGGUGAUCUACUACAAUACAAGUUCUAUUCUGAAUCUGCAACCCCUAAACCUGCCCCUCGAGACUGCGAUAUCUACGUUUCUUCUGGCCACACUAAGUUACCUGGUCAUUUUGUUCUGUAACCUCUGCCUCAUCCUCACAGUCGUCCUGAACAAGACUCUGCACCAGCCCAUGCACCUCCUGCUCAUUAACCUCCCCAUCAACGACCUCAUCGGCUCCACCGCCUUCUUCCCGCAGAUCAUUAAAGAAUUACUCUUGGACACCCGAAAGAUGCAUUACACAGCGUGUCUUGCGCAAGCGUUUUGCAUUCACACGUAUGCUGUCGGGGCCGUGUUAAUUCUCAGUCUCAUGGCCUACGACAGGUAUGUCGCAAUUUGUUCCCCGUUGAAAUAUCAAAGUAUCAUGACUAAUGCACAUAUAAUGAAACUAAUUACAGCGAUGUGGGUGUUUAGUUUGAUUUUGGUCAGCGUGAUUUUCAUUUUGCUCUUGCGCUUACCGCGCUGCAAGUCUCUCAUUACGCACUCCUAUUGUGACAAUCCGUCCUUACUGGGACUGGUGUGCGCAGAUACGUCCAUCAACAACAUAUAUGGUCUCUUUACGGUGGCUAUCGUCCAGUUGAUAGGCCACGCAUCCAUUAUUUACACCUACCUUCACAUCCUCGUUGCCUGUUGUAAAACCAAGAGGUCUGACACAAAAUCAAAAGCCAUGCAGACGUGUGCAACACACCUGGUCGUUUUUCUAUUGUUAGAAUGCAUGGGUCUGUUCACGAUCAUAUCAUACAGAUUAAACAAUAUAUCGCCUGUUUUACGAAGAUUUAUAGGUGCUUCCGCCAUAAUAUUCCCUUCAACAUUGAAUCCGAUCAUCUAUGGACUUAAAACCAAAGAAAUACGUGGGAAAGCACUCGCUUUUUUCAGGAAAAGAAUAUUUAUAUUUUGA